AUGGAGAAUUGUAGGUCCAUAAGCAUACCGCUAAUGCAGAAUGAGAAGUUAAGAAAAGAUGAUAGAGCUGAAAAAGUUGAUGAAAGUUUAUACAGGAGCCUUAUGGGUUGUCUAAUGUAUCUUACUGCAACAAGGCCUGACAUUAUGUUUGUUGUUAGUUUGCUAUCCAGAUUUAUGCAUUGUGCAACUGAGGUACAUUUUAAAGUUGCCAAAAGAGUGCUUAGAUAUAUCAAAGGCACUACUGAUUUUGGUAUCAUGUUUGAGAAGUCAGAAAAUCUGAAUUUUCAUGGGUAUGCUGAUAGCGAUUGGGCAGGAUCUUGUGAUGAUAUGAGAAGUACUUUAGGCUAUGUGUUUAGCUUUGGUUCCAGAUGUUUUUCUUGGAGUUCUAAGAAGAAAGACAUUGUAGCUCAAUCCAUAGUAGAGGUUGAAUAUGUUGUUGCCACAGCAGUUAUGAAUCAAGUUUUAUGGUUGAGGAAAUUGCUAUCAGAUUUGAAACAUGUGCAAGAAGAAGCCACAAAGAUUUUUGUUGAUAAUUAA